CGAAGGGAGGAACAGAUGCUGAGCCGUGGGCCCGCGACCAGGUCUGGGAAGACGGGCCUGCCCUUCCUCAUCAUUGAGACAAGCACCAUCAAGCCGUACCACCGAGGGUUUUACUGCAAUGACGAGAGCAUCAAGUAUCCCCUGAAGACUGGUGAGACGAUAAACGAUGCUGUCCUGUGCGCCGUGGGCAUCGUCAUCGCCAUCCUCGCGAUCAUCACUGGGGAGUUCUACCGCAUCUACUACCUGAAGGAGAAGUCCCGGUCAGCGAUUCAGAACCCUUAUGUGGCGGCCCUCUAUAAGCAGGUGGGCUGCUUCCUCUUCGGCUGUGCCAUCAGCCAGUCCUUCACAGACAUUGCCAAAGUCUCCAUAGGGCGCCUGCGUCCUCACUUCUUGAGCGUCUGCAACCCUGAUUUCAGCCAGAUCAACUGCUCCGAGGGCUACAUCCAAAACUACAAAUGCAGAGGUGACGACAGCAAAGUCCAGGAGGCCAGGAAGUCCUUCUUCUCUGGCCACGCCUCCUUCUCCAUGUACACUAUGCUGUAUUUGGUGCUGUACCUGCAGGCCCGCUUCACUUGGCGAGGGGCCCGCCUGCUCCGGCCCCUCCUGCAGUUCACCCUGAUCAUGAUGGCCUUUUACACAGGACUGUCGCGUGUGUCCGACCACAAGCACCAUCCCGGUGAUGUGCUGGCAGGAUUUGCUCAAGGAGCCCUGGUGGCCUGCUGCAUAGUUUUCUUUGUGUCCGACCUCUUCAAGACCAAGACGACACUCUCCCUGCCUCCCCCCGCUCUCCGGAAGGAAAUCCUUUCACCUGUGGACAUUAUUGACAGGAACAAUCACCACAACAUGGUGUAGGGGCCGCCCACCUCCUGAGCUGUUCUAUACAAUGACUGCUGACAGCAAGUUCUUGCUGCUCUCCAAUCUCAUCAGACAGUAGAAUGUAGGGAAAAACUUUUUGCCCAACCGAUUUUAAAAAGGAAAAAAAAAAAAAGUCUUACUUUGUGGCCUUCCAAAAUAGGUAGUGUUCACCUAUGUGGAAACAACAGCAAACUAAUACCAAGUGCCGAAAUCCUGGAUGUGCAAUUGGUUUAAGUGUUCAUGUUCUAGUGAACACGGGCUUGUUCUGGAACAAACACUAAAAUGAUUUGCGUGGAGUCUGCCAGUCACCCUUGUGACCCGAGGAAUCCCAGGCCUGUGAGAAAAGCUCAAGUUCACAUUGUAGCACACGAUGCCAGAAAUAGCACUGAAUCAAGAAAAUAGCCAUUGGGGGGCUCCUCUCUCGUGUCUCUCUGUCCACACCACUCUAUUCUGUACUGUGACUUCGGUUCGGGAAGUUAAAUACAAGCCAAGAGCAGGUUUUCUAAGCCAGGUGAUUCGAUCCUGCAGCCGAGCUCCCAGUCCUGAGGCCUCAGCCCUCACUCCCCCGGCCCACAGGCCAGCAACCACAACCCCUCACUUCAGUGAUUAGGAGACUCUUUGUGGAUGAGUGAAUUUCACAAAUAGCACAAUUUCAGAAGAGAUCGAGGGUGCUGGCCCUCCUUUGUCUUCUUUUGCCGCAUAAUGCUGUGACGGGGGAACGUCGGCUGCGGGAUGUGGCUGUUGUGUUCACCCGUCACCCAGCACCUGCACACUCAGUAACAGUUAGCUAGCUUCGGUCACUGCUUUCUCCCUCGAGGCCCUUGCUGUGCGCCCAUCAGGGCUUCCUGGGAGGGUCCCGACACCAGCAAAGGUGUGCAUUGCCGCCACCUGAUGGAAAGCAGCCUUACACACCAGAGACGUGGGAGCGAAGGGGCAAGAAUGAAAAACUCACUGACCUUUUGGCUACUCGAAGUCAGAAUGAGCCAGAGUAGCAGACAGACAGCCUCACGCCCGCGAAGCUACCCUUCCGGAUCUCGUAGCUGACGAGGGUCUCUGUGGGGGCUGCUCUUGCUAAGCUGUGUAAAGCACUCUUGUCUUGGGGUUGAUCUCUAGGGCAGUUCUUGGUAGGUUCUGCUGGGCAGAACACAUGGGUUAAAUCUCCAUAGAGUUUUUCUCCUCUUCUAUCCAUAAGUGUCCUUCCAAGCAAGGCCCCACUCUAGGCAGUAGACAGGGACCCUUUCUACUGAACCUUCGAGGAAAGGAGGAAGGAAGAAAGGCUUUCCGAUCGCGGAUGCAGACCUUUCAAAGGGCUAAAUGUAACCCCAUGAAUCAACCACAUGCACAUCCUUACUACAGAAGCCGUCCUUUCAUUUCAACUCCUAGCAAGCUAUGAUUUUUAUAUAUAAAUAUUAUAUAAAUAAUGUAUAAAACAUUAAAAGUUAACUAUGUAAGAUAUUUCUGAAACAAUUUUAGCUAUAUCCACUAUGAUUAUAAACUGUGUCUCGACCUGUGUUAUUUACAUUAGCUGCUUAAAGAAGCAUUGAGUUAAUUUUUUUUAAUAUCAACUAAGAUAUCGUAGUUCUGUGGUAGACAUUGUUUUACAAUGAAAGAAAUAACUACAACUAGAGAAAACUGUAUAAAAACAUUAAAGUGUCAGUAUUUUUGUAAGUUUCCAUUUUGUAAAGAGAAUAAUAUUCAAAGACUUUUGUAGAAUACAAAGUGAAAACUUGUAUCUGCGAAACUACACUUGUAUUAAAUGUGCUUUUUAAAUAAAAGCUCAUAACACAACUAA